AAGAGAGGAAAGAAUGAAGCGCAGCCUGCAAGCGCCGCGACUCUGAGCGGCGCCGGCGAUCCGGGCGGUCGGUGGGUCGUCUGCGCUGCUCCGCGGAUCCAUGUAGCGUCCAGGCGGCCGCUGGGCGCUCUCACGUCGGGGCAGCCGCUCCGCUUGCCUCUUGCUGGGGCCCGGCCUCGUGAACCAGCCAGCUAGCCAGCGUCGCCCUAACUCCGGCCAGCGCUUGGGCAGCUGCCGGCGUGCCUGCCCCUCGGGCCGCGGGACUCGCCAGGAACGCACUCACCCCGUCGGGCGGCUAAAAUGAGCGAGAGGAGGCGCUCGGCAGUGGCCCUCAGCUCGCGAGCGCACGCCUUCUCCGUGGAGGCCCUCAUCGGCUCGCACAAGAAAAGGAAGCUCCGUGACUGGGACGACAAAGGCCUGGAUUUGUCCAUGGACAGCCUCAGCCCCGACGGGCAGCUGCCGGACGCCGACGACCCCGCCCAGUGCCUGGACCUCAACGCCAACGAUUCAGAGCAGAGUACGGGCUCAGACACUGAAGCAUUGGCUGAGAGGACAUCCUGCUCGUUUGACACGCACUCUGACCUCACACCCAGCGGCCCCAUCUCUCAACCACCUCCUACCUCAUCCAUGGAGGAGAUCCAGGUGGAACUGCAGUGUGCUGACCUCUGGAAAAGGUUCCAUGAUAUUGGCACAGAAAUGAUCAUCACUAAAGCAGGCAGGAGAAUGUUUCCUGCAAUGAGAGUGAAGAUUACUGGACUGGACCCCCAUCAACAGUAUUACAUCGCCAUGGACAUUGUGCCUGUGGAUAACAAGAGGUACAGGUAUGUGUAUCACAGCUCCAAGUGGAUGGUAGCGGGCAACGCGGACUCCCCUGUGCCUCCAAGGGUUUAUAUUCACCCCGACUCGCUGGCAUCUGGGGACACCUGGAUGCGGCAGGUUGUCAGUUUUGAUAAACUCAAACUGACCAACAAUGAGCUAGACGACCAAGGCCAUAUAAUCCUGCACUCAAUGCACAAGUAUCAGCCCCGAGUCCAUGUUAUCCGCAAAGACUUCAGCAGUGACUUGUCUCCCACGAAGCCAGUCCCCACAGGUGAUGGGGUGAAAACCUUCAACUUCCCAGAGACUGUCUUUACCACCGUCACUGCUUAUCAAAACCAGCAGAUUACAAGAUUAAAAAUUGACCGGAAUCCAUUUGCAAAAGGGUUCAGGGAUUCUGGAAGAAACAGAACUGGCCUGGAGGCCAUUAUGGAAACAUAUGCAUUCUGGAGGCCUCCCGUGCGCACGCUCACCUUUGAAGAUUUCACCACCAUGCAAAAACAGCAAGGGGGUAGCACAGGAACUUCUCCAACAACCUCCAGCACAGGGACACCUUCCCCCUCUGCAUCCUCUCACCUUCUCUCUCCAUCAUGCUCACCACCGGCCUUCCACUUGGCCCCCAACUCUUUCAAUGUCGGCUGCCGGGAGAGCCAGCUGUGCAACCUAAACCUCUCUGAUUAUCCUCCAUGCGCAAGAAGCAACAUGGCCGCCCUGCAGAGCUACCCAGGGUUGAGCGACAGUGGAUACAACCGGCUGCAGAGUGGUGGUGCGCCUGCCACUCAGCCCCCUGACUUCAUGCCUCAGCGGACUCCAUCUUUGAUCUCAGGAAUGCCGGCUCCUUCUUCGCUGCCCAGCAAUGGCAAAAUGGAAGCUUACGGUGGCCAGCUGGGGUCAUUCCCGACUUCGCAGUUCCAGUAUGUCAUGCAAGCCGGCAAUCCUGCCUCCACUUCAUCUUCCUCACAAAUGUUUAGUGGCGGCCACAUGCAACAGAGCUCCUACAACGCCUUUUCCCUUCACAACCCUUACAACUUGUAUGGAUACAAUUUCCCAGCUUCUCCGAGGUUGGCAGGAAGCCCCGAGAAACUGGCCAACACCCAAAGCACUUUACUCUGCUCUUCGCCUUCCAACGGGGCCUUUGGAGAGAGGCCAUAUCUGUCGACAGGAAUGGAUCAUGGGAUGCAUGUGAUCAGCCCUCCCAGCAACAGCCAACCCCCAGCCAAUGCUUGCGAUAAUAGACAAUAUGGGGCUGUACCAGGGUCCUCUUCACAAAUGUCAGUGCACAUGGUUUAACUGGUGCUUGGAGUCACCAUCCCUGGUCGACAGUGAGCGAGGAUCUCGUCAUUUCUAUUGGAGAUCUCAUCCCUGUUGCUUUUCAACUUUUGAAAAAGGACUUGUUUGUGAACAAUGAAUGGAAACACAAGCCAUCUAUAGCUAAAUCCCAAAGAACCUGAUAGCAGCAGACUGGAAUCAAGACCGUCAUGUAACCGAGUGGCUUCUGUUUCUAAUGGAUUUUUAAAAAUAAACAAACAAAGAAAAUGGCAUUGUUUGCAGAAAACCUGGGGUGGGGUGGGGAGACCUAUAUAGUAUAUGCAUUAACUAUCUGAACUUGGUGCGAACUGUUCACAACAGAGGAAGUCCGGUGUGGGUGUGCUGUUCCUUCCAUGUUCCCAGCUGCAAGCAACAAGACUUCGUUUCCUAGAUCUGCACUGCCAGUUAAAAGGCCCUGUAACACCAUCAUCUUUCCCCAUCUUGUCAUCUACAGUCAUUAAGUUGAAUCUACGGCUUUCUCUCACCCACUGUAGGAAAAGAACAUUGUGUUUGAAGUGCAGAUUCUCUUCCUUGAGCAUUUUUGUGUGUGGUUCUUGCUGUUGGGAAGCCUUCCACUCUCCCUAGACGACAAUAAUUUUCCUUACAAAAGCAUGUCAUCGAAAAGAGGGCGAGGGAGGAUUUAAACCAUUAAAAGGGUUUUCUUUAACUUUGCAGGGAAAGGCUUCUGUUAAACAUGCUGGUAGCAAAGAAAAA